GUCAUUUCAUUCAUGUCAAAUGUCAAUGUUUAUGACAUUCUGGAAAAUUUUGUGUUUGCUAAAAAAUCUCAAAAUAAGUUUCUGGUGGAGGCGAAAUUAUACAUUUAUCAUAAAAUAGGACCAGCAUUUUGUCAUGCAUGACUAGCAAUCAUUGUACUAAGACAACAUGUCGAAAAAUGAAAAGGCUACCAAGACUGGAUUUGUGAUCAAACUAUCCAGCGGUACUGUUCAAAAAUUAGCUGAAGAAGAAGAAAAAAGGAAGCUUAGUAAAGAAGAGAACAGUAAAGAGGCAUCAAAAAAGGUUUUAGAACAGGAUGUCAUCGAAAAAAAUGUCAGUGAACAACAACCUAAAAAACCUAUAGACACUAGUGAAGCUCCUGCUACAAGUGAUAAUAAUUUAACAAGUACAACGAAAAUACCUCCAAAUCAAACUGACAGUGAGAAGUUAACAGAAACAAAUGAAGAAAAAUCAGAUGACACUUCAGAAUCUAAGUGGGGUGAUUACGCCCCAUACAUAACCUAUGAGGAAGAGGAAGCGAUCUAUACAGACCCUACAUCUCACCAACAAUAUACCUGGAACAAGGAGACCAACUCUUGGGACGCCAAAACUGAAGUCCCAGGUCGAACAUACAGUUAUGAGAAUGAUACUCAUGUAUACACAGAAGCUGAUGGAUCAAAAUGCUUUUGGGACGAAGAGAAAAAAGCAUGGAUACCCAAAGUCGAUGAUGAGUUCUUAGCUUUCUACCAAAUGUCUUAUGGAUUUGUUGAUAACGCACCAGCAGAACCAAAACCAGAAAAAGAGGACAAGAAAAAAUCUGAAGUGGGAGUCAAGAGAAAGAGUGAACCGCAAUGGUUCCAACCAUCUGAAGAAAAGAACACAAAGGUCUAUGUGUCAAACCUACCGUUAGAUUUAACUGAAGAAGAAUUUGUUAACUUUAUGCAGAAGUGUGGACUUGUUGAACGAGAUCCGUCAACACAAAAGAUGAAAAUCAAAAUGUAUAUGGAUAAAGAUCAGAAUUGUUUCAAAGGUGAUGCUCUCUGUACUUAUAUAAAAAUUGAGUCUGUUGAAUUGGCAUUAAAACUUCUUGAUGGCAGCGAUUUGAAAGGCAACAAAGUAUCUGUUGAAAGAGCACAAUUCCAAAUGAAAGGAGACUACAACCCAGCACUUAAACCUAAAAAGAAAAAGAAGAAGGAAUUAGAAAAAAUAAAGAAAAUGCAGCAACAACUCUUUGAUUGGCGACCAGAGAAGUUUAUAGGAGAACGAUCAAAGCAUGAGAGAAUUGUAAUCGUUAAAAACCUAUUCAGUCCAUCAGACUUUGAUAAUGAUGUACAGUUAAUUCUUGAUUACCAACAGGAUUUGAGAGAAGAAUGCAGUAAAUGCGGAGAGGUGCGGAAGGUUGUACUGUAUGACAGACAUCCUGAGGGAGUGGCUCAGAUUACAAUGAAAGAACCAGAGCAAGCUGAUGCAGUCAUAAAACUUAUAAACGGUAGGUGGUUUGGCAAAAGACAGAUCACAGCUGAAACUUUCGAUGGCAGAACAAAGUAUAGGAUAGCGGAAACAGAUGCAGCAUUGAAUCAGAGAAUAAAUAAGUGGGAUAAGUUCUUAGAAGGGGGUGAAGAAGGCAAAACUGAAGCAGCUACACCUGCAGAUGAUUCAAACAAAACUAUUGAGGUGCCAUCAGACGGCUCUAAUAAAUCUGAAGAUACAGAAAUGAAGCAAGAUGUGGAAGAAAUCAGCGAGACACUAACAGAAACAAAAGAUAAUGAAGUUGUAAAUGAAACUAGUACAUAAGUUAUCCACUGUAUUAUAUUUUAUAUUAAAUAAAACUAUUUUGUUUUCGCUUUUA